GAUCAAACCAUAAAGCUCUUCAGGAUAUAUUUUCCGGGCAAGUGUCCUUAAAAGAAAACAUUGGAAAGGAUUCCUAUUCCAGCACCUUAAAGAAUUGACGGUCCUUAUUCAGACUCUCCCUCCUCUCCUCCAUAUUAAUACUCUUAAUUCUGCCCACUACACAAAGCGUGAGAGUCCCCACCUCUCACCCCCAGCUCCCCACACACAUAAACGUCGAAAGAUGUCUCUGGUAACAGCAGAGAUAAAGGCGAAAGCCGAGGUAUAUCACGGGGAUGAACUUUGCAGAGAGAAGUUCAUGCUGCUGCUGUCAGAAAUGGGGUUGCCGGAUGGUCUGCUAAUCUUAGAAGACAUAGAGGAGUGCGGGUACGUGAAAGAAAUCGGUUUUGUGUGGCUGAAACACAAGCAGAAGAGAGAAUACAGAUUCGACAACAUCCUCGUCUGCUACGACACCGUUGUCACUGCCUACUUCGAGCCCAACAAGAUCAAGAAACUGACUGGUGUCAAGGCCAAGGAGUUUUGGAUUUGGAUUCCUUUGAGUGAGAUUUAUGUAAAGGAUCCUCCUGCAAGGUGGAUCACUUUCAAGACUCCAGCAGGUUUGUCCAAGUCUUUUCCAAUAUCGGUGUUCGUUGGAGGAGAGGAAAAUUGAUGGCCAUGAAGAUCAUGAAGCAAAGGAGCUGGGGAUGAAGGUAAUAUUGCAGGACAGACUAGUGUAAUUAUAAAAGGUAUAGAUUUUAGUAGAGAUUUGUUGAUCUUUUAUUUUGAUUAUAUUUGUAUCUAAAUAUAUAAUUAAUGAUAUAUGAUAUAUGCUAUUGUUUCUC